AUGACCAGCGACCACCCAAUUACCCAAGUGGCUUGUCCCUCCGCCGCCGAUGCUGCCGAUCCCUAUCCUUCAAUCCUCUUGUCCACUUUCACAUCUUUGCUCGCCAUCGUCCAUCUCGUCCGCUCUCAUCUUUUAUUAGCUGACUCCUUCUCGAAUCCUCCCCCGGAUCCCGCCCUCCCCGUGUCAUUACUUGUCGCCUGGCUCUUCCCGCCCCCCGUCGCUGAGCGAUCUCCUCUCUCCUCCCUGUUAUCGUCACCGCUGUUUGGCCUCCUCCCCCCUCCACCUACCAUCACCGACUUUCCAUCCACACGCAAUGUCCACUCAGCCUCUUCUCCAGCGCACCGCGAAGAAGGUGAGCUGCUGCACCGAGCUCGUCAAGUGUACACUGGUGCUAACUACCGCCUUUCCCCGGCCUUGACCCACCCCCUCUCUACUUCUGAACCACGCCCCCCAAAACCCUUUCCCCCACCUUCCUUACUCGGCCUCCUGCUCGGCCAACCGACACAGCGCAUCGCCCUCCCGGUUCGCGUCGAGCCCAAGGUAUUCUUUGCCAACGAGCGUACCUUCCUCUCAUGGCUCCACUUCGCCGUCGUUCUUGGUGGUCUUGCCGUGGGCCUCCUUAACUUCGGUGACAAGAUCGGACGCAUCUCUGCCGCCAUGUACACUGUGAUCGCGGUCGGUGUCAUGGUUUACGCGUUGUCAGUGUACCAGCGCCGUGCGCGCGCUAUUAGGACACGCUCUGGAGCGCCGUACGACGACCGUCUUGGUCCUACUAUCCUCUGUGUAUUCCUGCUUGCUGCGAUCACGACCAACUUCAUCCUUCGCGCUGUUUACGAGUAG